UUUAAAAUGUUCAUUAUUUUAAUUCAAAAAUYAUUUCUAUUUCCAGGUUUAUUUUGAAUUUGAUUAAUCUAGUGUUCAUAAAUUCUUCAAACGUCAUCUACAUUAUAUCACAACAGAGUCAUAACUUUCUUCACCUUAGUGAUUUAUAGUACUACGCUUGUUGAUUACUAAUGMAAUUAUGUCUUUGAACGAAAAUAAUGCUUCAGAACUUGAAUUACAACAUGUUCAUAACGUUUAUGAAAAUAUAGCAUCACAUUUUAGUGAAACACGACAGAAACCUUGGCCAAAUGUUGUUAAGUUUUUAAGCAAAUCUAAACCGGGUGCAAUUGUUUUAGAUGUUGGUUGUGGAAAUGCUAAAUAUUUUACUAAUACUUCUGAUAUUUUUCAGUUAGGUUGUGACCGAAGUACUCAAUUAGCUCAAAUAUGUAAAAAUCAUAACUAUCAAGUAUUCAACUGCGAUUGCCUUCAAUUACCAAUACGUUCGAAUUGCAUAGAUUUGUGUAUUAGUAUAGCAGUUCUUCAUCAUUUGGCCACAAAUGAUCGACGUUUAAAAGCUUUAAAGGAAAUAAACAGAGUACUAGUUGUCGGAGGCCAAGCACUUGUAUAUGUGUGGGCUAAAGAACAGUGCAGAAAUCAAAACCUUUCUACUUAUUUAAAACAGGGCAAAGUUAAUAAACCUAAGGCGGAGUCAACACCUGAACUAAAUAAAGAAUUUCAUGUAGAAUCAAUUGAUGUUAAUCUACCAAUACAUAAAAACCGUUCCAGUUUUGUACAUAAUGACUUGCUAGUUCCGUGGAAGUUGAAUCAAAAGAAAGAACAACAAAAUGAAUCUAAAACACAUCUAAGAUAUUAUCAUGUAUUUGAAGAAUUUGAAUUGAAAUUAUUAUGUGAACAAAUGUAUAACUGUAAAGUGAUUGAUUAUUAUUAUGAUCAGGGUAACUGGUGUGUAAUAUUUGAAAAGAUUACAAUUUAAGUACUUGUUUAUUA